UAACUAUGGUUGUGAACGCACCACCGUCGCAAAUUGUACAUCGUCAUCAUCACGCGACGAGUGUUAGCAUACACUUGGGGCCAUUAGGCUAGUAAUGCCGUUGCCCGUUUACACCACUUUCCCUAAGUUUGAGAGGCAGCAGCCAUGACCAUGGACGUCACUUUCCUGGGAACGGGCUCGGCCUACCCGUCUCCUCACCGCGGAGCCUCGGCUCUGGUCCUGCGGAACGAGGGCGACUGUUGGCUGUUCGACUGCGGGGAAGGGACGCAAACUCAGCUGAUGAAGAGCCAACUGCGAGCCGGUCGAAUCAGCAAGGUUUUCAUCUCCCACCUGCAUGGAGAUCACCUUUUUGGCCUGCCCGGUCUCCUCUGCACCGUCAGCCUCAACCUGCCCUCUGACCCCCAGCACAGCGCCAAGUGUGUGGACAUCUACGGGCCCCGCGGCCUGCGCCAUUUCCUCAGGGUGGCGCUCGGCCUCACAGGCUCGCAGCUGCUCUUCCCCUACGCUGUCCAUGAACUGGAGCCCACACAGGACCAAAGUCCUGAAGAAGGUCAGCUGAGUGUUGAGGUGACGAGAGAGUGCGGUCCGGCGCUCUCUCAGGAGCAGCUCGGCGCCAACAUCUGUCUGGACGUCUCCUCCGACUGCUACUUCCUGUUUGAAGACGACAAGUUCAUCGUGAAAGCCUUCAGGUUGUUCCAUCGCGUUCCCUCUUUUGGGUUCUGUGUUCAGGAACGCCAUCGACCCGGGAGGCUAAAAACAGAACUGCUGAAAGAACUCGGUGUGAAACCAGGUCCUGUCUACGGGCGUCUUAAAGCGGGUCAACCAGUGACUCUUGAGAGUGGACGUUUGCUUUUGCCCAGCGAAGUUCUAGAAGAAAGCAUCCCCGGGAGGAAGGUGUGCAUUCUGGGGGACUGCAGCUCGGCGUUGGGUGAAGCACCCGUGAGGGUCUGCCAGGGGGCCGACCUCCUGGUCCACGAGGCCACGCUGGGGGACGAGCACAGGGACAAGGCGGUGGAGCACGGACACAGCACACCUCAGAUGGCGGCGGAGUUGGCGCGGGCCUGCCGCGCCAAAAAGUUGGCGUUGUAUCAUUUUAGUCAGAGGUACAAACCCAGUUCACUGCAGCGCCAUGAAGAUGAUACUGAUGAUGUCACUGAGCUCCAACGUCAGGCUGAACAAGUCCUACUUGAUGAUGGCGUGGACGUCAUUCUGGCUGAGGACUUUCUCACCAUCUCCAUUCCUUUGCACAGACCUAAGUAACCUUAUUAAGUUCAACUGUCAUUUUUGUCAUUGGUUUCUUUUCUACAAAGCUGAAUGUAAAGAAAAUAAGUUAUCAAUCAGCCUGUUAUGGUCAGCUUAAAAAAAAUCCUCUAAUCAAGUUCUUUGUUACGGAACAAGUUUGAAGAUGUGAGAGAGGACAUCAAUGCUCGCAUUCUCCAAUUAUGGUCCCUAAAAAAUACCUUUUAAUAGUUUUAAACACAAACCUGUUGCUGAUAGUAGCCCAAACAUUGAAAAUGAUGUAUCUUUCAUGUAAAGUUUUACCCUGAAAUCAAAGAUUUCUGCUUAUUUUCCCAGAGCUUUUAUUUCUGGAUCUGUACACAAGGUAUUAAAGUAGAACAGAAAAUACAAAAAUGUUUCAACAAAAGGAGAAUAAAAGGAAAAAAAACUGUCAAUGUCUGUACAAUUUUUAUAAACAAUAGAUAACUUCAACAUUUCUUAGUGAUACCUUUGAUUGUCUACAAUUCUCCAUAUACAUUUCUGUAGCUUCUUUAUUCACAAAUGUGUUUUCUAUGGAUUUAUCAUUUAAAUGUCUUAUCCAAAACCACAACUGCUAUAACCUUUUUAAAAUAUUUUAAACCUUAAAUGACAAUAGAAAAUAUAAAAUAAAAUUUGCUUAGUGCUCACACAGUCAUUCACACACUCACACACACGUCAAUAAAAUAUCACAUUUUUCGCCAGAGUUCACAGGGUGAUGAGCAUUAUGCUACUUCAAUCUACGACUUAAUGGCCUUUACAUUCUGACAAGUGUCUUGUACAAACCACAAGUGAAAUAAAUAGCACUGCACCGCUAAAGCUACUAAGAGCUGGAUCUACUGCAUUAUGCUUUAAAAAAAUAAAAAUAAAAUAAAAUAAACUUCCUCAAGAGCAGCAGCAUCUCUUUACCACCGAGGCAAAUAUAGACGACAUGUAGGAUAGUUUUUUUUAAACAAUGCGACUUUAGAAAACAACACUAAUUAUAAUUUGUUGUUUUGGGGGAAUCAGAUGCGCCCAGCAUGCAUAGAGCAAACUAACUUGUGAAAAUAAAAAUACAAAAAAAUAAACCCAAAAAGUCAAAUGCAAAACUUUGAAAAUCCUGUACAUAUAUACAACAUAUGGCCAUUGGAAGGAAAUAAUCGUAUGAACAUAUAAUUCACAAUUAGAGGUCAGGUAUUAGACUUUUUAAAAGGCUAAGUUGCUAAAUGGUUAUUUACAUGAAAGACGUCAUGUAACAGGAGGAGCCCUGAAAAUGAACCAUUCACAGCAACGAUGCAUAGACACGACGUAAACAGCGAGUACAAUCACCUUUCUGCUAGCGCAUACUUGCGUGGGCCGCACACAACCUUAAUACUGAUGGGAGUAAAACUGAGGGAUAAGGAAAAAAAAAUAACUUUGUGAAACAUUUUGCAACUGGAAAGUAAAAUGUAGAAAAACUUUUUUUUUAAAAACAUUUUUUUUUGGACAAUAUUUCUGCCAUGCUCAGGAAUUAAUAAUGUUGUACUUUUUCUAAAGGUGGUUCAGAACAUUUGCAAAUAAG